AUGGCAACUGGAGCCCUAUUGAUGCCUGAGGCUGUGACAGAAGCUGCAGAGGUGGUAGUAGGGACUGACACUGGGACCUAUGAGGUGCUGAGAACAGGCAUUGGGGUCAAGCUCAGGGACAACUGGGACAGGAACUGGAGCAGAGCCUCCGAGACAACUGGAACAGGAAUUGGACCAGGGAGAAAAGAGGUGUCCAGCGCCUCUAAAGCAAAAGGAGCUAGAACAGGAGGACCAGAGGCAGAGGAACUGCAGGUAGCUGGCAAGGAAGCGGAAGAUGAGCGAGGUUGCAGAGUGGAGCUGAGGGCGAGGCGGAGUAGUGGGACUAAGGAGAUGGAGCUGAAGGGUGACAGGCAGGCAAAGGGCACACUGGACGUGCGGAGUGAACCAGUUUACUGUGACAGAGUCAGACUGGACAAUCACACUGGUUCAUUAGAGCUACUGAAUGUGACUGUGAGUGACAGUGGAGAGUACAAACUGAGUGUAAAAAAAACUCCAGAGGAUCCAGAAUUAAAAGCCAAAACUACUCUGGAGGUGUUAGAGAGAACAUCUGGAGUUUCCCUCACUGGUCCAGCACAACCCCUAAUAGAAGAUCAAAGUUCUGCUAAAUUAACCUGUGAGGGAACUGGCUCCAUCAUCACCACAGAAUGGAUGAAGGAUGGUCAACCUCUGUCCCCUAGCAACAGCAUCAUCUUCUCUGCUGAUCUGAGAUCAUUGUCCAUCAGUCCAGUGAGGAGAUCAGACAGUGGAGAAUACCAGUGUAGACUCAGUAACCCUGUCAGCUCUGACACUGCAACCUACACAAUGACUGUCAACUAUGGACCAGAGAAUGUUUCCAUCAGUGGACAGAAUGAGGUGGAGGUGGGGUCAAAGGUGACUCUGACGUGCUCUGCUGAAUCCACACCUCCUGCCUCCUUCAUCUGGAUGUUGAAUGGAACAGAAACAGGAGAAACUACAGCCUCAUAUUCCAUAGAGAAGAUUAACUCCACACACAGUGGGAAUUAUACCUGCACAGCCUGGAACAAUGUCACCUCACUCAACAGAACAGUUCACCAUCAUUUAACAGUGGAGGAGGAGAGGAGAUCUUCUCUGGAGGAGUCAUUGCUGGAGUCAUCAGUGGGGGGAUUAUUGUUCUAG